CCCCCAUCCUCUCCCCGCUUUUCCUUCAUUUGAGGGGAACCGUCGCGCUGAGGUAAACUGUACCUUCCCACCCCUCUGGGCAGGACCAGGAGGAUGGCGGCAGCGCCGGCAGAAGCGCUGGGUCUGAGUCUGCUUGCGGGGUUUCCUUUCGGCUUCUCCUUGGUGUGAAUGAUGGUGUGAAGUAAAAAUGGUGCAAAAAUAUCAGUCUCCUGUUAGGGUCUACAAAUACCCAUUUGAGCUUGUCAUGGCGGCUUAUGAAAAGCGCUUCCCCACUUGCCCAGAGAUCCCUGUUUUCCUGGGCAGUGAGAUCCUUAGUGAAUCCAAGAGUGAUGAUGGAGCCAUCCACAUAAUUGAACGCAGCUGUAAAUUGAAUGUAGAUGCACCUCGGUUACUGAAGAAGAUUGCUGGAGUAGAGUAUGUUUUUUUCAUACAAAAAAACACGGUCAACUGGAAGGAGCGAACUCUUGUGAUUGAAGCUCAUAAUGAGACUUUUGCCAACCGUGUCAUUGUCCUGGAGACAUGUAACUAUUCAGUUCACCCUGAGAAUGAAGACUGGACAUGCUUUGAACAAUCUGCAUCUCUUGACAUCAAAUCAUUCUUUGGCUUUGAAAACACAGUGGAGAAAAUUGCAAUGAAACAGUACACAGCCAACAUCAAGCGGGGCAAAGAAGUGAUAGAGCAUUAUCUAAAGGAACUGAUUUCCCAGGGGAUCACUUUUAUCCCCCGAUGGACUCCUCCAGCAGUCAGAGGGAAAACAGCUAAGAGGCCUUCAUCAGGAUGUGAUUGUGGCACUGUACCAGCAGUAGCCCCCCCACACAGAAGUGACAAAGAACAGCGAGGCAGCACCUGCUCCUCUUUGGAGGCAUCGACCCCCGAUGCUGACAAACUAGAUGCUGAUUACAUAGAAAGGUACCUAGGGCAAUUGACUCCCAUGCAGGAAAGCUGUCUGAUCAGACUCCGUCAGUGGUUGCAAGAAACACACAAAGGCAAGAUACCCAAAGAUGAACAUAUCCUCCGUUUUCUGAGGGCUCGUGACUUCAACAUUGACAAAGCUCGAGAGAUGCUGUGCCAGUCACUGACCUGGCGCAAACAGUACCAAGUAGACUACAUCCUGCAAACAUGGAGACCACCUUCUCUUCUGGAAGAAUACUAUACUGGUGGUUGGCAUUACCAUGACAAAGAUGGAAGGCCGCUUUACAUACUUCGCCUUGGUCAGAUGGACACCAAAGGUCUUGUGAAAGCACUAGGAGAGGAGUCACUCCUUCGUCAUGUACUGUCAAUUAAUGAGGAAGGACAAAGGAGGUGUGAGGAAAACACCAAUCUAUUUGGCCGCCCAAUCACAUCUUGGACUUGUCUUGUUGACCUUGAAGGGCUGAACAUGCGCCACCUCUGGCGCCCUGGAGUAAAAGCGCUCCUUAGGAUUAUUGAAGUGGUUGAAGAAAACUACCCAGAGACCUUGGGAAGGCUUCUGAUUGUGCGAGCACCCAGAGUGUUCCCUGUUCUAUGGACUCUGGUGAGUCCCUUUAUCAAUGAGAACACUAGGCAGAAGUUCCUCAUUUACAGUGGCAACAAUUAUCAGGGACCUGGAGGGCUUGUGGAUUAUCUUGACAAAGAUGUGAUUCCAGAUUUCCUUGGAGGAGAAUGUGUGUGUAAUGUGCCUGAAGGUGGCCUUGUUCCCAAAUCACUCUAUCAAACAGAUGAAGAGCCUGAAAUCUCUGAUCAUAUCCGCCUCUGGACAGAAACCAUCUAUCACUCUGCAAAUGUAUUCAAAGGUGCUCCUCAUGAGAUAGUUGUGGAAAUCUUGGAAGGUGAAUCAGUGAUCACCUGGGACUUCGACAUUCUGAAAGGAGAUGUCAUCUUUAGCCUCUUCCAUUCCAAGAGAGCACCUGAGAUUUGCCGCAAGGAGCCUACAGUGCCAAAUGCUUUGACUGUGGGGGAUAAUAUACAGCUAAUUGGCAAGAGCUGGGUCCUGGGAGUGGACUAUAGCCGCGUGGAGUCCCCGCUGGUGUGUCGUGAAGGCGAGAGCAUCCAGGGUUCUCAUGUGACUCGUUGGCCUGGCUUUUAUAUCCUCCAGUGGAAAAUGCACAGCCCAACUCCCUGUGCUGGAACCAGCCUCUCUCGGGUUGAUGAUGUGUUGGCUACACUCCAGGUCUCCAACCACAAGUGCAAGAUCAUGUAUUACUAUGAGGUGCUUGCAUCCAAGGAAUUCAGGGGUUCCAUGACAAGUCUGGAAUCCUGCAACAGUGGAUUUUCACAGCUCAGUGGAGCAACAACAUCUUCCAACCAAUCGCAGAGCAGCUCUCUGAUUUCUAGAUAACAUCAUCUAGGAACUUACUGAACACUGAUCAAUGAACUGCUCAGCUGAGAUGCUUUCCUCAGGUCUGCUCCAUAGAACGAGCCAAAGAGUCCUGUGGUGGAAUGCUAGUGCCUAGGGAUGGCCUUCUAGGGGAACACAAGUAACAGCAGUUUGGACGCAAAGAUGUUUCUAGGGAGCCGCUUGAAAUCCUUGAUUUUUCGGGAAUAGACUUGCAGCUUCUAAACCUUGAAGACUGGUUUUCCUGGACCGUGUAUUAACAAAUCUGUGCAUUA